UAGAAAUUUGCUGACAUCAUCCUCCAUCAUCCACUUGCUUAAACGAGCAAAAGGGGGUGGAAGACUGAGUGAUAGAACAACAGAGAAGAGGAGGAAGAGGAGGUGGAAGAAUAGGAAAGUAGAGGAUAUGCAACAAAAAAAGACAAGGAGGGUGAGUGGAGAGAGAUAGAGCAAGGGAGGGUGAUACAGGAUGAGGUGGAAGUUCUGAGACCGCAGGUGGAAAGGGAAAGGGAGGGAGAGGGAGAGAGAGAGAGGGAGAGAGAGAAGGAGAGGGGUUGGGCUGAGGACUCGCUGCAAUCAGGGAGAGCACUGCAGCUCUCUCUCAGAUUCCACCCAUCCUUCUGCAGCCUCUCUCUCUCUCUUUUUCUCGCUCUCUCCCACACACAAACACAUUCAGCAGCAGAGCAUCUCAGCAACACAUCCUGCACUCAUUCGCUGCCUCCUGAGCGCCAGUCCUCCAUUUCUAACAAGUGCGUCAGAGGCUGGGUAAGGAUCAACAUGCCUGGGGAUACACAAGGCUUGCUGGAUACGGACGCAGAGCUACCAGAUUUGUCGAGGCAAACCUCAAGCUCCACAGCCUCUACUCCAACUGACAGUGCCUCCAGUCCAUCUCCAAGCACUCCACCCAAGCUCUCCCCACAAUGUACUUCUCCAUUUGGACCUCGCUUGGUCAUGUCUAAACCAAACACUUCCACUCGACCUCAACCAGAGGGUGCCAGCUUUGAAUCAGAUGGGCGCACAGUAGGCCGGCUAACAGGGCGGUUUGGAAGAGUUGGAUGCAGACGGGGGCCAGUGAAAAUGGAGAGGAUUAAAGUUCUAACUGGAGCUGAAGUGGAGAGUGACUACCAAGAACCUGAGUCCAUGGAUGCAAGGGUUGUUAUGGGACAAGAAGCAUUACUGAAAAACCUGGAGACACAGAUUGGUGUGCCUACAGACAAAAAGACAAGUAAAGAAUCAUCCAGUUCAGAACCCCCUCACUCAGAUACUUCUACUCUUCUGGUGGAGAGACAGAUUAGGGUAGAGGAGAAAAUUAAACUUGAUACUGGUCAAGAGAUUGAAAAAUCUGAACAGGUUAAGACCCCUGAACAAGAGAGAAGUUUAGAUCAGCUACUUGAAUGCCCAAUUCUAGAACCCAAAUCAGCAGAUACUGGGCUGACUGAAAGCAGCACCUUUUUCCCAGAUGAUGAAGGAGAUACACUGUCUCUAUCUCAGGGUGAAGUGCCUUCCUUGUCCUUCUCCGAGCCCUCCUAUCCAGUUGAUCCUCAACGCAUUGGUGUCCUUCCUGGACUCGACCCAGAUCGUUAUUACACAGCCCCUUCCACCCCAAUUAAGAUGGCCUAUUGCUCACAUCUUAAACAACAAUGGCAACCAAGCAGUCCAAGCACAGGUCCUGGUUCACCAACAGAUGAGUCUGAUCUGUGCUCCCCUCCCACUUCUCCAUCUGGAUCCUAUGUUACUGCUGAAGGUGGCAGUUGGACCUCCUCCUACAAUUCUGGCACUUCUCACUCCUGUUCACCUAAUUUGACUGCUGAAGCUGAAUUGCAAGAGAUCCCUGCCUGCUAUGUGGGCUCUCUUUCUGAGAUUGGGGAUGAACUGGGAGAUGACAGACUCGUUGCUGAAAGGGAGCACUGUCUGUGUAAACCUGUCAUGCCAGAGUUGGCUGAGAGUGAGGAACAUGUUGAGGAAAUGAUAAAGAGAGAGACUUGUAGGCCUCACUGGGUGACAGAGAAUGUUUCCCAACACAGGAGCAGCAGUGGUAGAACCACAGACUCAAAACAUGAGGGAGGGGGAUCCGAGGACACUCCAGUCCAGGUAGGAAUUCCAAGAGCCACUGACAUAUCACAGCCUUUGGAUGAUCCAGAUCAGGAGCUAGAGCUGGACUUUAAUGACUGUAUCUCAGAGCACUUUGCCAAACAUGAUGCCCCUCUAAGCAUUGAAGAGGACUUUCCUUUGGAUCUGGCAUGUUCUUCUCCUUUCAGUCACCAGCAGGCAGCAGCUUCAACCACUUUAGAGACAGGCAGUCUGACCCCUGCCACUUGUUCGUCAGAGAUUUCAGACACUGAUAAUAACAGCUUGUAUAGUGAGAUGGGAUCAUCUGCUCUGUUCUUCCAUGAGUGCUCCAGGGAUGAUGGACCUGGUGGAGAAGGGAUGAUUCCUGCAUCGAUGCUGCCAGUCCAUGCCAGCUUGAUAUUCCAGGCAGAUUCAAUGGAAAUAACAUUAUUCCCUACAGAUGAGGAGCCAGAAAAUGAUGUUGAUGCAUAUGCUGCUGGAGAGGAAGAGGGGGAUGUGGAUGAAUAUGAUGAUGAAGAUGUAGAUGUGGACAUAAAUGAUGACAGUGAUUUGGAACAGCAAGUUGAAGCCAUAAAGAUUGGAGCAAGGGGUGUUGAUGAUCCAAAUGAAGAGGACACCUCUGCCUCUUUCCUAAAUUCACUUUCUGAGAACUCAAUUAACGAUGGAGUAGAUGAGUCAUUUGCUUAUCAGGAUGACACAGAAGAGUCAAUUGAUUCCACCUCUUGUAAUGGAGAUGAAGAUGACCACCUGCACAGCAUAGAGAGACAUGCUGAGCUUGCACAGCAAUUUACUGCACAAGAUGACCAGGUACAGUCAGAAAGCCAUGCACAAUCAGAAUCCUCUGGAAGUGAAAGUGAAAUGGAGAUUUCCUCUGGAUCCUCUGGGCCAUCAAAUUCAUUAGUUCAGCAACAUAUGGCAGUCUGCACAGCACAUGCUGAAGACAUAAGCAUACCUAAUUUAAAGGCUGAAUGUGCAAAGAGACUAGAUUCCUCAAGCGAUAUUAGGAAACAAAGUGAAGAGAAUAAACAGAGCACAGAUCUCCAAAAUGCAGAAGAAACAGACAAUGCAUACAGUGCGGUGUCUCAACAAAGUGUUCAUACAAAAAUUCAAGGCUCAGAAAAUCAGACAAGCUCAGCAGAACUAGGUGAAGUAUCAGAAACAUACACUAAACCAGUCCUUUGUGUGCUUGGUGCCACAGCAGCAGGCAUAGAUAAUAAGAUAAAUAUUCAGGAUGAUAAAGAUCUAGAUCAGAAAAAUGGAAAUAACUCUGAAUUCAUGAAUACCUCACUCCAGCUUGACGAGACAGCAACCAAUGAUCUCAACAAGGGAGUCCCUUUGUUGUCCUAUCCUAAAGAUGAUUGUAGCCCCACAAACAUUCCAGUUUGUGCCUAUCCCGAACUGUCUGAAGUACCAGAUAAUUUAACUCCUGCUGAUAUUUCCCCAACUGAACAGUCUCUUGACCAAGACAACCUGACCGAAAAUCAACAUAGCACAGAUGAUAUAACUGUUGGCUCCCUAAAUAUGUCCUCUUCUACUUACAGCAUUGCCAUCUCACCAAAGAAAGAGAACUCCCAGAGUAGCAUAACAGAAAAGAGUGUUUCUUCUGAAGAAUGGGCUCCAGACAAGCCCUUGUCUUUAGAUGUAUGCUGUGACUUUAGGCCAGAGAAUUUGCUUAUGUGUGAGAUAGCUGGAUCACUGCACAAUAAGGGGCUAUCUGUAACUCCCAAUAUUUCUGCUCAAGAUAACAUCAUGGGUGACCUUGAGGACAACAACAGUUACUGUGACUUGCCAGAAAAGAUGGCAAAUAAUGAGACUGGUAUGCUGGAGUCAAAUCUGUCCACUUGGAAAUCCAUUGAGGACCUUUCAGAGGCAGGAGGGGGUGAGGACGAUGCAAACAACCUCCAGAAUCCAGAGAAUAAUGCACUUAUACAAUGCCAUCCGGAAAAUAUUCAGGAAAUCACAUGGAACAACCAAGAAAAGAGCUGUUCACCGAGUAUCCCAGCUGCACAAUCAAUGUGUAUGCCAUUAAAUAUCCUUUCACACAAUGAGAAAGAUGAGAAAGACCAGACCACUGAAACAGAGUUUAACAUUCCUGGGGAACCCACAUCAAAAAUAUUUAUAGACGUAAGCCCUGACAUUUUGCCUAAACAGGGACCAGAAGUCCUGGAAUCAGCUCAAGAACAUGACGAAGCAUCGGUUUUAGGUUCUACCACUUUGUACAAACAAAAUGAUCUCUGUGGGCCAAUCACAACAAAGAAAAUAUCAGACAAAUUAAGUGACAUAAAAAUUCAUGAAACUUCUAAACAAAUGGGCCUGAUAAAUACUGAUUCAAUAGUCUUAGAAAACAAGCCUGUAUUUAAACUAGCAGGGGGGUCAUUUGGCAACUUUGACCACAAAAAGAAAUCAAGUGAAUCAAAACUUGCAAUUUCCUCUUCUGACAAGUCUCUGAUACACAAAGAGACAGCUACCUGCUCUAAUAAGGGGGUUACAACUGGGGCAUCAAAUCUAGAUACCAUACAAUUACAGUCUAACAUUACAAAAUAUGAAAAUCAGCUGAAUUUUGGGCUUCAGCUGAAUUGUAGUCAAGUGGCUGACAAACAAAUUGAACCAAAGACUGAGAGAAGUGUAUGUAUUGCACUCAAGGAAAAGGAGGAUAAGAAGGCUGUGGAAUCACACCCAAAAGAGGAGACAAAUGAAAAUGUCAGAGAGAAUACUAAAGUUUUGGAACUGAGAAAAGAGGACACUGAAGUCUCACAGAAAUCAAGUAAGACUGAAACUGAAAAUAUAGAACUGAAUACCACCAUAGUUAACUGUGGUAGGGGAAACACUGUUUCAAAUAGCAUGAUACCAAAGGAACCUGUCACCUUUGACAACAGCAAAAUGAUUGCUGCCCUGGAGAAAAAGGAAGACAUCAAUAAUAAAGACAGUAUACCUGAGACUGAAAUAAUUCAAACUUCUGCAAAUGAUACAUGUUUUCAGAGUAACACAUAUACUCCAGAAACUCAACAGCAAAUACACACAAAUGAUGCUAGAGGAGAGAAAAACAAUAAUCAAACACAAGUUCAACCCAUAUUCCACCCUGCAGUCUCCAGCUCCAAUACUCUUGAGAGAAACCUCAAUUUGACAGAAUCAGUGGGUUCUACUGACUCAAAUGGUGUUUUGAGUGGCAAUUCAGAUCAGAAAGAUGCACUUUAUCAUGGCACCUUAGAAGGACUGGAAUCACACAAAAGCACACAAGAUGCCAGUGAUAACGACGUCAGGUCCUCCUUAACUGUUGUAGAAGAAAUCUCAGAACUCAGCAGACAUCCUGCUUCUUGCUCAUCCACAGAUGUGUUGGAGGAGGACCUUCCUGCACCUAUACAAGAGUCCCAGUCUUCAUUUAACAGUUCUCAAAUACACAGUCUCCUCACUCAUACUGAAACAGCACUAACUGAUAGAUUGUAUCAAGAUGAAUCACAGAGCCCUCUUCAAGUGAUAAAUAUGGAACAUCCAGAUGUUGAGUCUGAGGAAGAAUUAACAGUCUUACGUCCAAUACAAGAUACACAUCAAAAUGUGAAUGAGCAGUCAGGCUCAAAGGCAAAGACUAGCAGACAAGAGAAACCUGAAGCAGUAUGCAUGGAACACAGACCAGAAUCACCUAAAAGUCCCCAAACCCGCCCCACUCGAUGUAUAGGACACAGAGAUAGUAGUCCUGCUCACAGAAAAUCAAGCUCAAGCAAUGAAAGAGAGAUAUUACCAUGCAUCACCUCUGCAUUAAAUUUCCCUGUGCAAACAAGACAAAAUCCAACUGAAAAGCACACUGAUCACCAGGACGGGUGUUCAAUCAACUACAGAACAAAGGCCUCUAAGGAACUGGAUCUCUCCUUAAAAAAUACCAUAGGCUCAUGUAAUGAAACAGACAGCGAUGGAUCAAUUCCUGAGCUGGAAGAGCCGAACAGAAGCCUCUUGAAAACCUCAGAGCCGCAAAUGUCACAUUCUACAGCUGAUGAGUCAGUGAGCAAAACUAAGCAGAGUCGAAGUGAGAAAAAGGCACGAAAGGCUAUGUCUAAGCUUGGCUUAAAACAGAUUCAUGGAGUUACACGGAUUACUAUCCGGAAGUCCAAGAAUAUCCUAUUUGUUAUUACUCGCCCAGAUGUCUUCAAAAGCCCUGCAUCAGAUAUCUACAUAGUCUUUGGGGAGGCCAAGAUUGAGGACCUGUCACAGCAAGUACACAAGGCUGCAGCGGAGAAAUUUAAGGUUCCCCUUGAUCCUUCUCCUCUGACCCCUGACAUCAUGCCCAGUCUCACCAUUAAAGAGGAGAGUGAGGAAGAAGAGGAGGUGGAUGAGAGUGGACUGGAACAGAGAGAUAUAGAGCUGGUAAUGGCACAAGCUAAUGUGGCUCGUGCUAAAGCUGUCCGUGCACUACGUCACAACAAGAACGAUAUUGUCAAUGCUAUUAUGGAGCUAACCAUGUGAUAGAAGAGGUCUUGCCUGCCCCCAGCUUUUCUUCCUGGCAUACCCAUCAACCCUUCCCAGUAAUGCUGCUACAUACCUUCAAUGCCCCUUACCUGCUAAAUAAACUCUAUAAAAACUGA